AUGCUCUGUUCUUCCCCAACCUUCUUCGCUCCUCCAUUUCUCUCCUCUUCUUCUUCUCCGCCGUUUUCCCCUGUAUCACCACCGUCUCGCGCUUCCCGGAUUUUUCCGUCUCUCUCUGCGACCACCGCGUCUUACACCUGCGCCGACGAACCACAGAGUUUGCACCAGAUCCCGCAGCGAUUCUCGGCCACCGCGUCUCUCUACGAGAUCCUUGAAAUUCCCGUCGGCUCGACGAGCCAGGAGAUCAAAUCGGCUUACCGGCGACUAGCCAGGAUCUGCCAUCCCGAUGUAGCUGGAAACGGUCGGAAUCACUCGUCGGCGGACGAUUUUAUGAAGAUCCACGCGGCGUAUUGCACGCUUUCGGAUCCCGAGAAACGCGUCGUUUAUGAUCGGAGGAUCCUUCGUCGAGGCCGGCCGUUAACCGUCGGUGUUUCUGGGUUCGGCAGUAACGGCAGCUACGGCGGACGGAAUUGGGAAACCGAUCAGUGCUGGUAG